AUGCAAUUUGGCUUGGGUCGUUGUCAAUUUCAAUUUUGCCAAUGGUUCAAUAGUCCUAAAUGGUUAUUAGUCUUCACUAGCAGCUAUAUUAUCAUUGCAAGCAUGUUGAUAUCAGGAUUUACGGCAGUGGCAAUUACUUCGCUAGAAACACGCUUUGAAUUACGUAGUACAGAAUCCGGAACUUUGUAUAGUGCGUAUGAGGUAGCCGCUGCAUUCUUCGGAAUUAUUACUAGUUACUACGCUGGACAAGGUCAUAAAGGUCGCUAUUUAGCUGCUAGUGCAGUUGUUAUUAGUAUAGGAGCUUUAAUCUUUGCUUUACCCCAUUGGAUUACUAGCAAUUAUGUAGCCGAGGGAACUAUUGGCUCUGAGCUAUGCCAUUAUAAUGUCACAAUGAACCAAAGCUCAACUAGCGUUUGUGCUAAUUUAGCUUCUCCAGUUCGAGUGUUUUUAUACGUAUUUCUCUUAGCACAAGCUUUAAUUGGUGCUGGAAAUAAUAUUGUAUGGACAACAGGAAUGGCCUAUAUCGACGAAAAUGUCAGCCCUACGACAUCAUCUGUCUAUGUAGGAAUAAUGGUAACAGUAGCAGCUAUUGGCCCAGCAAUUGGUUUCUUGCUGGGAGGCAUUUUUCUUAACCUUUGGGUUGAUUGGCCUAAUCCAUCACAAGGAAUAGUGCCGACAGAUCCACGAUGGGUCGGUGCAUGGUGGCUGGGAUUCCUUGUUUGUGCAGUCGGUAUGUUCAUUAUAUCGAUUCCAUUAUUUGCUUAUCCUCGUCAUCUACCCGAUUUUCAAAAACACAAACUUCAAAGACAAAAAACAACUAUUGGAAAAUCCAGAGUAGAUAAUGAAUAUGGAAAUUCAAUUACUGAUCUUCCCAGAGCAACUAAAGAAUUGAUUCUUAACAAGCCGUUCAUCUUUACAGUUUUAGCUGCCACAGCAGAAGCACUCGUUACGAAUGGCUUUGCUCCCUUUCUACCAAAAUUUAUUCAGUCACAAUUUUCUACUACAUCAUCUGGUGCAAGUUUUAUCUCCGGGAUUGUUGUUGUACCGGGAGCUGGAGGAGGGAUGAUUUUGGGCAGUCUGUUGAUGAAAUAUUUUAGAAUGGACAAGCUAAGAGCAUGCAAACUUAACGUUGUCUUUGGCUUUCUAAGUUGUAUAUCCUGCUUAGCUUUUCUUAUUGGCUGCGAUGCUAUACCAUUUGCUGGUGCAAAUACGCCAGUUGAAUCAACAAUGAUUCCUCAAGCAGAAGUUGGAAAUAUUACUAGUGAAUGCAAUAUCAAUUGCGGAUGUCUACGUGAUAAAUUCGACCCAAUCUGUGGCAUUAAUGGUAUUGCAUACUUCUCACCGUGCCAUGCCGGCUGUCAAGAUAUUGACACUUCUAUUCCCUUCAAUCAACAGACAUUCUCGAAUUGCACUUGUAUAUUGACUCAAAAUAAUGCUAAUGAUAGCGAGCUUGAAGUUCCGUUUGAUGCUCAACGGGGCUUAUGUGCGCAAAACUGCAAUAAUUUGAUUCCUUUUUUGGUCGUGUUAUUUAUUCAAAUGAUUUGCACUUAUGUCAAAUCAGUACCAAGUACGCAAGUUGUUUUGAGGACUGUACCUGAAAGCCAACGUUCGUUUGCGCUAGGCUUACAAUGGCUACUUAUCCGAUUACUUGGUGAUAUCCCCGGACCGCUAUUAAUCGGCUUAAUAAUCGAUACAUCAUGCAAUGUAUGGAACAUCGAAUGUGGCGAAAAGACUUCAUGUUGGCUAUACAAUAAUCGUCAAAUGGGCUAUCUAGUGUUCGCUUUUGUUAUAAUUUGCAAAGGUGCUAGCACUGUUUUUUUUGCUUUAGCUUGGUAUUAUUGCCGAACUGAAAUUAAAAAUGAGCAGAAGGAUGACGAUAAUAUUUACGAAAAACAGCUCAUGUCGAAUUCAAAUUUCAAUAGCAUGAAGAAAGCAACAUUUCAAGACGUUAUCAGCUACAAUAAAGAGGACUUUAAUAAUUUUCAGGACGUAGCCGGUUAUAAAUUUAUUUCCCGAGAACCACAUAGAGCUAAAGUUAUUGCCGCAUCACAGGAUAACGGUAUAACAUCAAAUCAUAUUAAUGUGAUUGUACGUGUGUCACGCUGUUAA